CCUCUCCUUCUAGCCACCAUAACCGCGGGCAAAUGAAAGUGGGCGUUUUAGCUGCACCUGUGUUCUCGGUGUGCUUGUGUGAUAAGUGAGCUUACGGAAGCUCAUUACGCCGCGUUUCACUGGUUUGGCAUAACGCUACUACGGCGUUCUUUGCGGCAUCGUCAUGUACAACUCCAUUUCGCUGUCACAUGGAGGAGACUCUAUCGAGUUGGUUCCGUUCGGUGCCACUCUGACAUCAUGGAAAGUGGAUGGUCAGGAGAUGUUGUUCUUGAGCAAGAAGUCGCUCCAAGAUGGCAAGAGCCCUAUUCGAGGAGGAAUACCGCUCGUUUUCCCGAACUUCGGUGCCUGGGAGCUAGGGCCCCAUCAUGGCUUUGCACACACCUCCCUUUGGAGCGUGCAGCCCUCAGAUGAGAUGCAGGAAGGAAAUGUCAGCAAGGCAGUCAUCUUGAGCCUGGAGGACAACGACUGCACGCGCUCCAUUUGGAACCACGGGUUCCGGCUUGUGUAUCGCAUCGAACUGCAGAAGGCCAAGCUUCGCCUUGAGCUGACUGUGGAGAACACAGGCACAAGCACGUUUGAGUUCACGACCCUGAUGCAUCCUUACUGGCGCAUGGAAGAUGUCCGUAAAUGCACACUUUCUGGCUGUCAUGGCGUCCUCUACGCUGACAAGACUAAAGACUUUUGCGAGUUACGUGAAGAACGAGAGUAUGUGACCAUCUCGCAGUGGACUGACAACAUUUAUAAGAGCACAGAACGUGUGCACAUGCUCACUGAAGUUGGCACAGGAAAGACUCUGAAGAUUGAGAAAGAGAACCUUCCGGACACAGUCGUGUGGAACCCAUGGGCUAAAAUGGCAGCUAAACUGGAAGACCUCGAUGUGAAUGAGUACAUGCACAUGCUGUGCGUGGAACCGGGUCAUGUGGUUCAGCCUGUUCUACUGGAACCCUCUCAGCACUUCCGUGCCGCCUGCACAUUCACAGCCUGUGAUGGAUAGCCGUGGCCGAAUAAAUGGCUGGCUGCUGUCGAACUCCGACUCACAACAGAAAAGUUUAUUUCAAGAAUACAUAAACAUAAAAGCAAAAAUACAAAAA